AUGGAUUUUUCUAGGAUGUUAGGUGUAGAUGAUAUGCAAAAUAUAUCAGUGAAAGAAGAUUCAAAAAUAUUUUCAACUUCAAUCAACGAAUUGGGCCUUCAAAAUCCAUUACAAACAUUUCCAUUAGAAACAUCUUUUUCUACUUGCCAAAAUUCUUCACCAGAUGAUUUAAUUGCCAAUCAAUUGACAAAUAUACUUUCUGGAGGUCCUAUAUUAAAUGAAUAUUCUGUCAACAAAAUUAAUCGGUUUAAACCAAAAACGCUUUUGAAAUUAGUUAUUCGUGAAAACUGUUUGGAAUUGAUUCAGAGGGGUAAGUUUCGAAAAGCUGACACUGAUAGAAAAAUUAAGAGGAUACCUUGGAAACUUGUUGCUUCUGUUGAAGUGUCACCAAACUCAGAGAAGCGGGUUAAUGCUCUUCGAUUAGUUCGAAUUACCUUUCUUAGCUGUAUUUCAUCUACACUUAUGCAACAUAUUCUUGAAUCUGAAAAAACAGAAAAACUAACUCAGGGAAAUUUAAUUUAUGAAGGUUCUUGUUGGAAAAUUUUAAUUAUUGAAGCUGCUGCACAUGAAGCGUGGCAAAUUGGUUUGAAGUUAAACGAACAAUUAAAUUUGUGGCCUUCCCAAGUUCAUUUACUUUAUAACUACUCUUUAGCAAGUAAUUUAAAACCAAAAAUUGCUGCAGAAAAAGCAUUUGGUACGGAAAAACAAUUUUCUUCCUCAGCUUCGUCAUUUACAAUUUCAGCUAAAAGUGAUAAAGGAUUAAAGAAGAAAUUGUCUUCAAUACUUUCUAGAAAAAGAUUAUAG